UCCUCCUCCUCCUCCUCUCCCGGGUAUUUAAGCCAGCACGGGAUGCCUGAGCUUGUGGGAUUCUCAUUCCUGUGCUGGGCAUCCUGAGCAUCCUGCAGGACCCACGGACAGACAGACAGACAGACAGACAGACAGACGGGCCAAGGGAGUCUCAGGAAGGUUCCUUCUGAGCAGCAGGAAUUUCUGCUCCCAUGGAUAAAGGUCUGCACUUCACAAUCUGUGUGGUUACAACCGUGCUGCUCCUGAGGGAAUCCAGCCAGGCAGGAGCUGGGAGGAAUGAUGAUGCUGUGAGUAAGGGCUCAGACUCACGGGGAGCAGGCGAGGGUCUCCCAACCCUGACUGUCACCACCAUCCUGGAGGAUCCCUACGUGAUGGUGCGGGGGGCAGAGCUGGAGGGAUACUGCAUGGAGCUGCUGGCAGCCCUGGCGGGGAUGCUGCGCUUCCAGUACCGGGUCAAGGUGGUGGGGGACGGCCAGUACGGAGCUGUGGCUGCUGGUGGCAACUGGACUGGCAUGAUUGGGGAGAUCCUCAGGAGGGAAGCUGACAUUGCAGUGGCUCCACUGACUGUCACCUCAGCCAGGGAAGAGGUGGUGUCCUUCACCACCCCCUUCCUGCAGACUGGCAUUGGGAUCUUGCUCCGCAAGGACACCACCUCCCAGGACAUGUCCUUCUUCCACUUCCUGUCUCCCUUCAGCAAGGAGACCUGGACUGCUCUUUUAUUUGCUUACCUGCUCACCUGCUUCUGCCUCUUCCUUGUUGCCAGACUGAGCCCCUGUGAAUGGAAUGAGCCAAAGAAUGAAGAGAACCACUUCACCUUCCUGAACAGCCUCUGGUUUGGAGCAGGAGCACUGGCCCUGCAAGGUGCCACUCCCAGGCCCCAGGCACUCUCAGUGAGGGUCAUUGCUGUGGUUUGGUGGCUCUUCACCCUGGCCCUGCUGGCCGCCUACAUCGCCAACUUCACAGCCCUGCUGAGCUCCGGCAGCGAGCAGCUCCCCAUCCAGACCUUCGAGGACCUGGUCAAGCAGAGGAAUCUGGAGUUUGGGACACUGGAGGGCUCCUCGACUUUCUACUACUUCAAGAACUCCAAGAACCCCAUCCACCAGAUGAUCUAUGAGUACAUGGAGAAGAGGCGGGAGCACGUCCUGGUCAAGACGUACCAGGAGGCCGUGCAGCGCGUGAUGGACUCCAACUACGCCUUCAUCGGCGAGUCCAUCUCGCAGGACCUGGCGGCCGCGCGCCACUGCAACCUCAUCCGGGCCCCCGAGGUCAUCGGGGCGCGCGGCUUCGGCAUCGCCACGGCCCAGGCAUCGCCCUGGACCAAGCCUCUGUCCAUCGCCGUGCUCAAGCUGCGCGAGGCGGGCGACCUGGACUACCUGCGCAACAAGUGGUGGGAGAGCAGCUGCCUGCGCCAGAGCCGCGAGCGCUGGGGGCCCCUGGAGCCGCCGGCGCUGGGGGGGCUCUUCCUCACCCUGGGCAUCGGCCUCGCCCUCGGCAUCCUCGCCGCCCUGGCCGAGCUCUCCAGCAGCAGCCGCCGCGCGGCCGCGCACGCCAAGAAAUCUUGUUGCUCUGUUUUCACAGAAGAAAUCUGCACUCGUCUACGCAUAAAAGGAGCUGCCAGACAAAGCCAGGAGCCAUCAGGGAAGGCAAAUGCUUAAAGAAGUUUUUUUCUGCAGGAAUAGAGCCUGUGUUAGGUUGUACCAUGUCCUAGGAGCUGUAGCAGUGUAGGAAGAUGUUUUUCUGCUAGUCUAGAGUGUUAGUUUGCUAAUUGAACACACAGAGCCCUUCUGGAGAGGUGGUGGAGCUGCAGACAUGAGGAAAUUAAGUGGCUUGGAAGCAUUUAAAUUGAUAAGGGAUAGAGUCGAAUUGGGACAAACUGAUAAACUGGAGCUGAGCUGGCCAGGAUGGUGGAUUCAUGCUUAGGUUUGAGGUUCACCCUGUAAGUCCAUGAAGGCCUGUAGGAGAAAGUGACUGGGGACAGGUUAAAGUGAAGCCUUUGCUACUAAUUCCUGUAGGAACAGUCGUGGAACAUUAAAGCUCUUGUCUGUCUGCUGUAAUCAGGAAGAGCAGCUUAAGCCUUGCAGCUAUAAAUAACCUCACCCUGCCCUGCCUGAGAGGGAGGUGCUGGUCCCUGGGAAGGUGAUUCCUGAAUCAGAACUGACAGUGCUGCUGUGUAACCCCAAACAGGCCCUCCCUGCACCCCAAACCCCACAAAGGCAGCCCCAGAAAGGCCAGGCAGGGCUUGUCCUUUGUCCCUUCCAUCACAGGAUAAGGCCACUCUUGGGGGAUAGAAUGUUUUGAUCUUGUUACCCAAGAGUUGAGGAUUGACAGAAAUCCCCUAGUAGCAGAGCAGGGAGGGAGGGUGGGGAUGAGUCAAACACAGCACAGCCCCAGCACCCCUGCAAGGGGAGAUGUGAGGGUGUUUUGCUUCACUCCUGCUCUUAAAGAAUGCUGAAGUUCAGGGGAACAGUUUUCUCAGCUGCAUGUUAAACACUUCCCUCAUUAAGCUGUUUUCCCUUUCAGAGCUGGGAUGACUGAGGCAUGUAAGUGUUAGGGCAAAUUGGUGGUGAAAUCAUUCCAUUUAUGAACUGCACAGCUGAAGAAGAAAAAGCAAAUUGGGCUCCUUGGGAAUGGCUGUAAUUGCACUGCAGGAACAAUGCCACCAAUCCUUGUCAGUCCUAGCAGGGAGAACUGAAGGCAAUAGAAACCAAGGGGGCUGAGGCUGGGAAGUUGUGGGUGAUCCUGAAUCCAACAGUGUGAGAUGAACUUUGUGAGACUCGGCUUCCAGCUGCUGCGAGGAAUUUAGUGUAGCUAAAGGGAACAAACAAGGGGUUAGGAAUUCCAGACGUUAGGAAAGCAGGGCUGGUUCUUAACUCAGACUGCAACAGCCCUGGCUCAGUCACAGCCUGAGCAACGUUUGUGGGAGCAGCCCUUCCAUCAACU